GAUUUUUUAUUGCAAUAGAUAGGUAUUAUGUUGGGGAGAUGUCGAUGUCGGUGCGCGCGCGCCGGCGGGCGGGGCGGCGGCGCGGCGGCGGCGGUGGCGGCAGUCUGCGAACGCUCCUCGCCGCGCGCGCGUCGCCUGCCCGCCGACACCUGCCGGACCGCGACCGACCGCGCCAAAUCAUCAACCGUUAUCGUCCUAAAUGACAACUAAUGGACGACCGCUCCAGCCGAGGUAGUGCAUGCAUGUUUGUGCUAACACAGUGUGAGCUUAUUAAACUCGCUUGAGGAGUGCAGUGUCGUACGAGUGGAUGCUUAAUGGAGGAAGUGCGCCUCUCCGACUGGCCCGAGCCACCCGGCUCAACUGCAUGGCUGCCCGCGUAUGGCUUCCAGCAUGAUAUAAUGGAUAAGGAAGACUAUUUCGGAUCUAACGGGGACGGCGGCAGCAACCAUGCGCUGUACCUAGAGACGAUAGUUGAGGAGACGAGCGAUGACCUCCGCUCCGAACGAUCCUCCGCCGCCACCUGGCUCUCCGACUCCGACGCCGACUCUGUCAUACAUGUGCGCGGGGGAGCGGGGUCGGAGUGCGACAGCGAGUCUGAGCGCGAGUGGGCGUGCCCGGCCAAGCGGCGGCGGCGCGAGCGCGCGGCGUCCCCCGGCAGCGCGGGCUCGCUGUCCCGCUCCUCCAGCCUCGCGCAGUUCGAGUCCCUCGAGCGGACCUGCGCCGCGCCCGCCUCGCCCAGCCUGUCGCCCGACUCGCUGGAGUCGCCGCCCGCCUCGCCGCCGCCGCCGCUGCGCAAGCCCGCGCCCGCGCACCUCUCCGCCGAGAACCUCAGUGAGGACAGCGGCUACUGCGAGCGCGCGCGCCGCCCGCCGCCCGCGCCGCGCCCGACCGAAAUAGAGCGCGCGCGCUCGCCGGGGGCGGCCGGCAGCGCGCCGUGCCUCGCCGCCCGCCCGCCCAGUGCCCCGCGCCGCCCCGCGCGCGCCGCCUCGCUGCCCGCCGACCUGCAUCUGUGCCCCGAGCCGCGUCGCCGCGCCGACCACGCCGCGCGCUUCCGCCAGGCCUUCCACGUGAGCGACAGCCUCACCGUGAGCGUGGCCGACCUCACCGCGCUGGACUACCGCGGGCCGCGGCGCCCGCGCCUGCCGCCGCCGCCGCCGCCGCGCGCGCCGCCCGCCCCGCCGCCCGCGCGCGAUGUGGUCACCCCCGCCCGCGAGCCCAGCGCCGGCUCCGACUCCACCACCGAGUCGGAGCGCGCCUUCGCCCUCGAGAUGGAGGCGACGGCGCGGCGCCUGGACGAGUGUGCGCGGCGCGCGCUGGCCGGCAGCGAGCACUACGACCGCGAGCUGUCCCGGCUCACGGCGCAGCGCCUGCGCGCGUCCUGGGGCGCCUGGGACGACGUGCUGGACGAGCUGCGGCGCCGCGCCUCGCCCCCCGCCUCCCCGCGCGCCUCCCCCGAGCCCGCCUUCACGCGGCCGCCGCGGCGCACCGGGGACGCGCGCGUGCGCUCCACGCCGGAGCUGCGCGGGCGCGCCUCGCCGCCGCGGGAGACCUCCGAGGAGCUGCGCGCCUCGCUGCAGCACGUGGCGCCCCCCGCGCCCCGCGCGCCGCCCCGCGCCGUCUCCUCCGGCUCGCGCGUCACCUUCUCCCCCGUGGUGGCGGAGGUGAGCUGGCGCGAGGCCACCCCGAGCACCGCCGCGAGCGAGACGCCCUCCGCGAGCACGAGCGCGAGCGACGACGCGAGCGACGCGGAGGUGGUGGUGGUGGAGGGGGGGCCGGGAGCGCCGGCGCGCGCGCCCGCAGACCGCGCCGCCGCCGCCGCCAUGCAGGACGCGCCCGCGCGCGCGCCGAGGGGCCGCAUCGCCGGCUUCCUCUCGCGAUUCGCGAACUUCCGUUUCUCGGGACGCAAGGGUGAGAAGAAGACGCGGAGCGCAGGCGCGAGCACGCGCGCGGCCGGGGCGGGGGCGCCGGCGGCAGACGCGGGGCAGGCGGAGCGCGCGGCGGUGGCCGGCCCCGAGCCGCCCUACGUGCGCAUCCCGCUGAGAGCCUCGGGCGCCCCGGCGGCGGCGGGCGCGCGCGGCGCCCCCCCGCGCCCGCCGCGCCCGCCCGCACCCCCGCGCGCGCCCGGCGUGCUGGAGACGGACGUGGACACGCAGCGCACGGUGCUGCACGCGCGCAGCCUGCUGGCCCUGGCGCCGCCGCUGCGCCCCGCGCGCCCGCACAAGUCCAUGGAGUUCCUGCUCGACAAGGAGAGUGCAGAAGCGAUACAGCCCCCCGAGAACGAGCUGCAGAAGAACUCGGACCGCGUCCUGUCGGAGCACGAGCUGCGCGUGCAGCGCUCGCUGCAGAAACUCAAUGUGCCGGAAUGGUACAAGAACGCGCCCACCCCCCGCGAAGGCUUCCUCCUGCGCAAGCGUCUCUCUGACGCGUCGUCAGCCACGCGCUGGGGCGGCCUCAACUCCAAGACCACGUCGCUGGGCAGUCUGGGCGCCGCGCAGCCGCCGCCGCCGCAGCUGUCGCCGCACACGACGAGCUUCGGACGCUGGUCCACUAGCCGGCUUAACUCUAAUCAGACAUCCCCGUGCUCAUCAACACGCAGCAGUAUCCGCGGGGGCUCCCCGCUGUGCUCGCCGUCCGGCCGGUCGUCCUUCAGCGCGAGGCAACCCUACCUCGGCUGGCGGAGUCAGGAGCGGCUGAAUACCACGCCGAGGACACCGCAUGAAAGAUUAGCGUCUUCACUCCUACAACAGACGGCUUCGGCGAAGGCUGCGGAGGAAAUCCAGACGUCCAUAAAGGAGGUGACGUCAGCGAUAGUGCAUUACGUGUCGGGACUCGAACCCGCGAACGGCGACCUCGACCGGCAGGGGUCGCCGCGCUCCGGCCACAAGCAUUACUGGCUUGAAAGCUCGUUUGUUGGCACGAAGCCUCUAGAAUCGCCGCAGACGCCGCACGUGACGGAGCUGCCCCCCCCGCACCCGCGCCCGCCCUCCUCCCUGCGCCUCGACCACCGCGCCGCGCCCGAUUGGCAAGACAGCCAGAGGUCCCUGAACGUGGGCGUGACGCGUCCAUCCCCGGGCUCCACUACGCUGGAGGACGUUCUGGACUCGCUGCUGGGGCUGCCCGCGCAGCCGGGCCGGGCCCCCACCCCGCAGCCCAGCCCUAGGAAGUCUACUAGCCCGUAUUACUUGCUGGGGACUAAGAGCCCUCGUUACUCGACGCUGAGUGGCCACAGCAGUGGCUCGGCGGCGUCCCGAUUCGUCAGCACGCCGAGCGAAGAGCCCUCAUUGGCUAGCCGCGCCAGUGACAGCCCCGACCGCGCAGGCAAGGAUACAGUUGAUAAGUCUGGAGCGAUGAGUGAGCGUCGCGCGCGGCCCACGCGGCGGCGCUCGGAGCCGGGCGCGCGGCGCGGCAGCCUGGACUCCGCCGCCCCCGCCCCCGCGCCCGCCCCGCGCCGCGCCAGCCUGCCCGCCCCCGCCCCCGCCCCACGCCGCGCCCGCAGCGACUCCCGCGCCUCGCUCGCCUCGCUGGACGACUCGGACGGCGCGCUGGUGCGCUGCCGCAUGCCGCGCUGCCCCGCGCGCGCGCCCGCCGCCGCCGCGCGCCGCCACUACAAGGCGUGCCACAACUGCGCCACGCUGUACUGCUCGCGCGAGUGCCGGCGCGCGCACUGGGAGCGCCACCGCCGCGUGUGCCUGCACUCGCGCGCCUCCGCGCUGUGCCGCCAGAUCAUCGCCACGGCCAAGGAGGACGCGGCGGCGCUGCAGCGGCUGUCGGCGCUGGCGCACCGCGGCUACCUGGCGCAGGGCCGCGGCGUGGUCAAGCUGUUCUUCACGAGCCCCGAGGCGGCCGAGCGGUUCACGGCGCACGGCUACCAGCAGCUGCCCGAGCCGCAGUUCGUGCAGUGGACGGCGCUGCAGCCGGGCGAGAUGGGCGCCGAGCUGUACGCGGAGGUGGUGCGGCUGUGCAAGGCCUACAACCCGGAGACGCGCGUGCUGCUGUACGCGUGCGUGUGCGUCAUCAGCGAGGUGCCCACCUCGGGCGCCGUGCGCUGGGAGCGGCAGCAGGUGUCGCGCUGCGCCAAGCUGCGGCUGAGCCGCGCCGUGUCGGCCGCCAUCCAGGAGCAGGGCCGGCGCCGGCGCCGCGGGGGCGACCGCGUGGAGGACGCCCGGGAGACACUCGUACUGAGCUCGCGGCUGCCGGCGGGCGAGCGCAGCGCCGCGUCUACACACAGGUUCCGCGAGACCUGCUUCCAGAACAUCGUGAACGAGCUGGAGACCCGCGGCGUGAACCUGAAGAAGGACUUCCCGGAGGUGCACUCGCGGCUCGGUGCGUGGGCGGACGGCUCCAGCGAGCGGUUCAUCCCGAUGACCAUCCACCCGCGCGACGCGGCCACGGGGCGCGCCUUCACGUGCGUGGUCGUGCCGGACUGCGAGGACUGCGGCACGCCCGUGGACGGCCGCGUCACCGCCGUGGACGUGGGCGUGGACCGCUCGCACCACCAGCUGUCCACGCCCAUGUGAGCCCGGCCCCCCCGCGCGCCGCCCCGCGCGCCCCCCCGCGCCCCGCCCCGCGCCACGCGCCGCCGAGGGUAGCGCACUGCAGUUGAAUACUUGAAAGACAAUGUAUAAAGUGUUUCUAUUCUAGGGUAAUGAAAUUCUUGUCCUCUGCUACAUUUUGUCGUCAAAGGGUUUUGGAGAUAUGCAUAACUUUAACGAAUCUCAUUCAAACUUAAAGGGUAUUGUUAGAAGAAGAUAUAAAACAGAUGGCACUCUUUAUGAAGUAAAUACCUACAGUUUUGCUAAUGUUGCCUUUUUAUGCUGUUUUCUUUUAAUUAGUUUAAUUAUUGAAUAAGUUAUAAAAUGUACCUGCUUUGCUAGAGACGAACGUAGAUGUUGUUGGUGAAAUAUUUACUUAAAUGAUUGAUUUAAUUAAUAGUCAGAAUGAUUAGGUCUCUGUUAUACCUAUACUUGCAGGGUGACAAUAGUAACAACUAAAAUUAUCGCUACAAUAAAAAGGGCUUCAAAGAAUCUAUUUAUUACGAAAUUAUUAAAAGUGCAUACGUAGUAUGUUUUCACCAAAUAUUCAAAUUUUUAUACCAAAAGGAAAAAUAUUGUAAAAGCUUAUGAUGCAUGUGAGCGUAUUAGUGAGAAAUAUUCAACAAAGUUUAGAUAGAUAAUUAAUUUUUACUCAAUAUUGGAAAUAUUAUAAUGGAAGUAAUAAUAUGCUUACCUACCUACCAGUAAAACACUUAGAUAUUAACAAAGAAAGUGAUCUAGCAUGCCUUGGAGUAAGCGGCCAUGCCAUAGGCGUGAGCGUCGUUCAUGAAAUACUGAAAAUAACGAUAUUUUUGCAGAUUAUGGAAAUGGCGCCAAAAAUAAACUUUACCUAUCUUGUUUCCGUUUGUUGAAUGAAUUUGAGAAAGGAUUGCAAGUGUCAAAUAUUUAACCUUUAUGAAUGCAUUUCAUUACAUUCCAGUGGUUGAGGAGAUAUUUAAACAUACCUAUCUAAUAAUGAUAAUAAAGAAAUAUUAAACAAUAACUUAAAUGUACCCUUUACACCUAUGAAAUAUGCAUAGGUACCUAACUAAUUGUGCCGACGAUCGACAUUUGAACAGUGUAUUUUUAAACUUUUGAUUGUAUUUGUCUAUUUAAAUGUUAUUGUUGAUGUACACCCCGUAUCCUACAACUGUUGAUAAAAGUAUUUAUUAAAUUAA